AUGGAGACCGUGGCGACCGCCGCGGCAGCGAAGGAACCCGGUGAGGGCUGCACAGAGCCCAGUCCUGGCCACUGGGGGGAGCUGAGCUGGACGUCAGUGCCACCCAGGCCCCAGGACAAGGUGGAUGCCUCAGAGGGAGCGCCAGAGGCCCCGGACACCACCCUGCCCAGGGCUGAGAGCGCAGCGGUGGGCGCCAUGCUGCGAGCCGUGGCUGCCAGCCGCCUGCCUGUGUGCAGCCAGCAGCAGGGCGAGCCUGACCUGACCGAGCAGGAGAAGGUGGCUAUCCUGGGCCAGCUGUACCGUGAGAAGCCGCUGGUGUUCCUGGAGCGCUUCCGCACGGGCCUCCGUGAGGAGCACCUGGGCUGCUUCGGCCACUUACGUGGUGACCACCGCGCAGACUUCUACUGCGCCGAGGUGGCCCGGCAGGGCACCGCCCGGCCCCGUGCCCUGCGCAAUCGGCGCUAUGCUGCCCUGCGGGAGCUCAUCCAAGGGGGCGAGUACUUCAGUGACGAGCAGAUGCGGUUCCGGGCGCCACUGCUAUAUGAGCAGUACAUCGGGCAGUACCUGACCCAGGAGGAGCUGAGAGCCCGCGCCCCAGCCCCCCAGGCCCCCAAGCCCGGCUCCCCCGGCAACCCUGCCUGCCCCCUCUCCGACUUGCUGCUCCAGUCCUACCAGGAGUGGGAGCUGCAGCAGCGGCUGCUCCAACAGCAGGAAGAGGAGGAGGCCUGCCUGGAGGAGGAGGAAGAGGAGGAGGACAGCAACGAGGAAGACAGGAGCUCCAGCAAAGACUCAGAGGCCUGGAUCCCCGACUCGGAGGAGAGGCUCAUCCUGCGGGAGGAGUUCACCAGCCGCAUGCACCAGCGUUUCCUGGACGGCAAGGACGGGGACUUUGACUACAGCACGGUGGACAACAACCCUGACCUGGACAACCUGGACAUCGUGGCGCGGGAUGAGGAGGAGCGGUACUUCGACGAGGAGGAACCGGAGGACGCGCCCAGCCCCGAGCCAGACGGGGACUUCGGCCUGCCAGCCUCCCCAGCCCGUCCCCAGCCCCAACAAGACAGUUGA